AUGAACUCUAUCCUGGAUCGCGUAGCCAAAGAUUAUGGUAGACGGAACAGCUCAAGUGUGUAUAGUAGCGGGGACGUCUUUGAGCCUUUGUCAAGUAGUAACGCUAAACAAUGGGUGAAAUUGGUAGAAUGGUUAAAUAGUGUUCUUCCUCACUUGAGUUUGCCAAUAAAUGCUUCUGAUGAGGAUUUACGAGCAUUGUUAGUCGAUGGUUCUGUCUUAUGCCAAUUAUUGAAUAAGUUGAAACCAGCUUCUGUACCUGAGUGUGGUGGUACAGUACACUCUCCAGAGCUACGUUCAGAAAAUAUUAAAAGGUUUUUGUCUGCUAUGGAUGAAAUGGGCUUGCCCAGGUUUCACGCAUCAGACUUGGAACAGAUUGCUCCAACACAGUCACUCCUAAGUGUUGUAAAUGGGAUUCUUGAUGAAAACGUUGAGCGGAAGAAUGGAGAGAUACCUCAACGUGUUGCUUGUCUAUUGAGAAAAGUGGUGCAAGAAAUUGAGCGGCGGAUAUCUACUCAAGCUGAACAUCUUAGAACGCAAAACAAUCUAUUCAAGACUCGUGAAGAGAAAUACCAUUCAAGGAUCAGAAUCCUGGAAGACCUUGCAACUGGGACUAGUGAAGAGACACAGAUUGUCAUGAACCAGCUUCAGCAGAUUAAGAAUGAGAAGAACAAAGCCGAGGAGAAAAAGAAAAACGAGGAACAGGAUGUGCCUAAAUUGAAAGAGAAGGAUGAUCAAAUUGCAGCAUUGAAGCAAGAACUGGAAAUAGCGAAAAACUCCUAUGAAUUGAAAGAGAAGAAAGAUCAUGAACAAAAAAUCGCAGCUUUGAUGAAAGAGCUGGAAAUAGCUAAGAAAUCAUAUGAAUUGAAAGAGAACGAAGAUAAUAAAGAAAUUACAGCUUUGAAGCAAGAAGUGGAAAUAGUAAAGAAAUCAUAUGAAUUGAAAGAGAAGGAUGAUAGUAGUCAAGAAAUCACAGCUUUGAAGCAAGAACUGGAAAUAGUUAAGAAAUCGUAUGAAUCGAAAGUGAAGGAAGAACAUAGACAAGAAAUCACAGCUUUGAAGCAAGAACUGGAAAUAGUUAAGAACUCAUAUGAAACGAAAAAAAAGGAAGAUGAUAGGCGAGAAAUCGCAGCUUUGAAGCAAGAAACGGAACUAGCUACAAAAUUGUAUGAACAACACACCCUAGAAAUGAAAAAAAAGGCUACAGAAGCUCAAAAAGAACUUGAGGAGAAGUUGAAGGAGACCAUGAGCCUUUUGACAGAAUCAAGAAAUAGGAUAAAGGAACUUGAGACAUUUACACAAUCAAAAUCUCACAGUUGGAAGAAGAAGGAGCAUAUUUACCAAAUAUUUACAGAAUUCCAGCUGGGCGCACUGCGUGAACUGAAGUUUUCUUCUCAGUCAAUAAGGCAAGAAGUGUUGAAAACUCAGCAGAGCUACGCAGAGGAAUUCAAUCAACUAGGUGCAAAAGUUAGAGCGCUAGGACAUGCAGCUGCAAACUACUCUGCAAUCCUUGCUGAGAAUCGCAAACUACACAAUGAGGUCCAGGAGCUAAAAGGAAAUAUCAGAGUAUAUUGUCGAAUUAGGCCAUUCCUUCGUGGACAAAGGGAAAAACAAUCAGUUGUUGAAUACAUCGGAGAAAAUGGGGAGCUUAUUGUUGUAAAUCCUUCCAAACAAGGAAAGGAAGGCCGCAAGUCUUUCAAGUUUAAUAAGGUCUACAGUCCAGCUGCAACACAAGCUGAGGUAUAUUCAGAUAUUCAGCCAUUAAUACAGUCCGUGCUUGAUGGAUAUAAUGUGUGUAUAUUUGCCUAUGGUCAGACUGGAUCAGGGAAAACAUACACCAUGACUGGCCCAGACAAAGCGACUGAGGAGAAUUGGGGUGUCAAUUAUCGAGCUUUAAAUGAUAUUUUCAGAAUUUCUCAAACGAGAGUGAACACCUUCACAUAUGAAAUUGGGAUAGUAUCCACCCCCCAACCUAAUGGAUUAGCUGUUCCAGAAGCAAGCAUUCAUAGAGUAAACAAGACCACUGAUAUCUUAGAUUUGAUUGGUAUUGGAUUAAAAAAUCGAGCAAAAGGUUCCACUGCAAUGAAUGAAAGAAGUAGUCGAUCACACAGUAUUGUCACUAUUCAUGUUCGUGGGAUGGAUAUUAAGAGUGGUUCAUCGAUGCGUAGUAGUCUUCAUUUGGUGGAUCUUGCUGGAAGUGAAAGAGUCGACCGCUCUGAGGUGACAGGAGAUAGAUUGAAAGAGGCGCAGCAUAUAAAUAAGUCAUUAUCUGCCCUAGGAGAUGUUAUUUCUGCUUUGGCACAAAAGAAUUCCCAUGUCCCAUACAGAAACAGCAAGCUGACUCAAGUCCUUCAGACAUCAUUAGGUGGUCAAGCAAAGACACUUAUGUUUGUCCAGCUUAAUCCUGAAGUUGGUUCACAUUCAGAAACCACAAGCACAUUAAAAUUUGCUGAAAGAGCAUCUGGAGUAGAGCUAGGUGCUGCUCGAAGUAGUAAAGAAGGCAGGGAUGUAAGAGAUUUAAUGGAGCAGGUUGGGUCUCUCAAGGAUACGAUAUCUAAGAAAGAUGAUGAGAUCGAGAAACUGCAGCUGAUCAAAGAUAAAAAAUAUGUUUAUACUGGAGCUGACAGCGAGACAAAUAGCACUGAUUGA